GGGCUGGGAAGAGUUCCCUAAAAACGCAGCGAUCCAUGUGCUCUGAGCCAGGAAUUGUGGGGGCACAAGGCACGGCGGUCCCAUCUGUUAGGGUUCAGCCGGAGUUGUAACAGCUGGCACAUCAUAUGAAAUAAUGGGGGGACGCCGGUCUGCGAGCGGGAUGCUGUUUAAGUACUGUGCUCAUCAGGCACUUGGUUCGCUCGGUGUGUCACCAGAAAGCCAGGGCUUAUUUCAUAGAGUCAUAGAAUCCCAGGUUGGAAGAGACCUCAAGGAUCAGCUGGUCCAGCCUUUCUUGGCAAAAACACAGUCUAGACAAGAUGGCCCAGCACCCUGUCCAACCUGAUCUUACAAGUGCCCAAUAUUGGGGAAUCCAACACUUCCAGAUUAUUAAUCCAUUGCAGGUUUUUUCCAGUCCCAUGCAGUGGAAGUAGAUAUAAAGGAUGCCUCUAAUGCUACAUGCCUGUAUGCAAAUUGGAUGAUGAGGUUCUUGAUAACGUAUGAAUCAAACACUAGUGAUUAUAAAACCACAGCCUUGAAUUUGUCAUCCAGUGUGACACACAAUGGAAGCGUCUGUGGCAAUGACACACAACCUGCACUUGUGGCAGUGCAGUUUGGGGAAGGUCAUUCUUGGAGCAUUAACUUUACAAAAAACAACGAAACUUUCCAGGGGGACUUGAUCACAUUUACCUACAACACCAAUGACACAGCUGUGUUUCCUGAUGCCAAGAGAAAAGGACCGGUUUCUGUUGUUGUGAAGGACCCUACGCGUCCAGUGCAACUGAAUAAUGUCUACGUGUGUCAUAACACUGACUUGGUUGAAGCAGAAAAUGUAACUCAGAUUUUCUGGAAUGUUACUUUGCAGCCUUUUGUUCAGAAUGGCACAGUCAGUAAAAAAGAGUCUAGAUGUCCUGCUGAUACACCUACUUCUGCUCCUACGAUUCUGCCUACCACUGCCAAUGUGACUACCGCAUCCACCACCACUUUGUCGCCUGCUCCAACCACUCCUCCCAAACCUGUGGAGAAUCCAGACACAGGAAACUAUUCUCUUAAAAGUGGAAAUAAAACCUGUCUGCUGGCUAGUGUGGGGCUUCAGCUGAAUGUUUCCCAAGACAAGCCUCUCCUGAUCAACAUCAAUCCAAAGACAACCACCGCAGAUGGUGCCUGUGGAAACACAACAGCAACUCUGAGGCUGAAUGAUGGAAAUAGCACACUGAUUAGUUUCACAUUUGUUGUUAAAAAUACAACUGCAAGUGCACAGAAGUUUUAUCUGAAAGAGGUGAAUGUUACGCUGCUCAACCGGCUGAAUGGUUCUGUCAUUUCAAGUGCAGAUAACCACAAUUUCAGCAAGUGGGAUGCUUUCCUUGGGAGCUCUUACAUGUGCCGGAAAGAGCAAACUCUCGAGAUUAGCGAAGAUAUUCAAGUACAUACUUUUAAUCUAAGGAUUCAGCCAUUCCUUGUGGAGGCAAAUCAGUUUGCUACAGCCCAAGAAUGCUCUGCUGAUUCUGACCUGAACUUUCUUAUUCCCAUCGCAGUGGGCAUGGCACUUGGAUUCCUUAUCAUUCUUGUCUUUAUAUCUUACCUCAUUGGAAGAAGGAAAAGUCGUACUGGCUAUCAGUCUGUGUAAUCUCUUCGUUCCAUCUCUGUUGCCACCUUCCCUGCUCUUCUCCCUUUCCCAGACUCCCUGAUCUGCCCCUUUAAAAAGAAGAAAAACAAAUUAAUUUAUGGUUUCUUUCUUUAAAAAAGAUUUAAAUCACUUCAUGGUAGGGUGACGUGCCCCGAGUAUGAAGAUGAGUUACGAUUACUUGAAGCUACUGUAUGAUUUUGGAAAAAGUAAGUGUUGUGAGGACCAUAGAAUUGAGCAGAGGUGAAGUGUGUCCUUGUGAGAAAUUGUUUUGAGGAAAGAAGACAUCUACCAAGCUUUAUGUUGUUUAAUCUUUUUAUACAAGAAAAUUUCUAGCUGCCUACAGCUUGUCUUGGAUAAUGCUAAAGCUGAAACUAUAAUUAAAAGUGUGAAUGCUGUGUCGAAAGGGACUGUACGUGCAGUGGGAAAAAAUACCACGCUCUUAACAGACUUCCAUGGGGAACUUGGCAUAUGGCUGUUCUUGGGAACCAAUCUGAAUUUCCUGUUCCUUCUGAAUGUAAAGGUAGUACCUGAUCUCACUAAUAAUAUGAGAAGAGCAUCUGAAUCUUCUAGUAAAUUAAUUUGUUUAGCAUCAGUAUGGAGAAGUUGACUGCUAGCAUAUGUUGAAUAGCUCUGCACUUGGCAUGAUGGCUAAUUUGCUAAGAUCAGGCUCAGUUCUGGAGAACUUUGGCUGCUCAGAAAAGCCAACAGUCUGCUAAAGGAAAUGUCUCCUGUGCUAUUUGGUUGGACUGCAUUUUUCCUUUUGUUCUGAGCUCAAUUGUGAAAUGAGGGUGGGAGGCUGGAAUUUCACUGGCUGCAAUUUCUCUCAGCUUUGAUUCUGAACAUAAAAGAAACUACACAGCACUGCGCCAUGUGAGGCUCAAGAGUAUUUUGAGAGCACUCAAAGACUGACUAAACACAGAUUGCUCAGAGAUUCCUGCAGGUUGUUUGGACAGCUUUCAUAGGUUAACAAGGGAUCACUGAAAAGCUGUGAUUUAGAAUGCAAGUGAAGAUAUAAAACCAGUCGGUUUUGAUAGAAUUAAUCUGCUUUUAACCUCCUCAUUAUUACUGUCUCAGUGUCAGAGCACAAAAUUUCUAGCAUGAGGAAUGCUGAUCGUAAAGCAGAAUAUAUAUAUAUAGUGAAGAAAGUGACUUCCAAAGGAAUAAGAGCAUCUGACCUGUUUGAAGAUGCUUUCUUUGUUAUUAAUGCCAUACCUUUUGCAAUUCUAUGUUCCAUAUAUAAACUGUACCAAAACAUAAGUUAGUCGUUAGUGGUUGUGUUCUGCUUCAUUCCCAUCAGGCCCAUGUUGGUGGGAUGGAAGGAUGAAAGAAGCCUCUUGCUCUUUCAGCCUUUUUGGUCCACAUUGGCCAAAGCCUCGUGCAGCAAACGAGCCCUGAUCUCCAGCUGUGGGACAGCUCAAGAGCUGCCAGGCCUGCAGAGAGCUGCUGAGGUCACACAGAGUUCUGUCCUCUGCAGCAAAUGUUUGCUAAAGCUGCUUUAGUAUUUAAUCUCUUUGUGCACUGAGCCCACAUCCGUGUGGUAGGGAAAGCACCUUCUGUAAUUCACGUGCUCAGAGGGGACAGCCAGCACUGCUGUUUAAGUAACUCCCAACAGCUCUAUAUUCAGGGAAGGGAGAUUUUUGAAGAGUUAGUUUUGAUGUCCGAGAAAUACCCGUACAUUCAAUUAUUCUUGUCCUCACUGUGACCAAAGAUACACUCUACCUGAAUCUGACAAAAGUGACUUUGUACUGCAAAUGGGCUCUUGAACCAAGUUGUCUUUUUUUUUUUAGGAAUGUAAUUUAAUGCUGCUGAGUUGGACUGUGUGCUUCAGAUUUGGUUGUCUUGGUCCUCUGUAUUGUAACUUUGCUCUCACAAUACUUGAUUUCCCUGCCAGAGUGGUAAAUGGAAUUAUUUUGAGGCUGGCAAUUUCUGAAUAACACCCCCUUGUCAGUGUGGUGCUUCUCUGCUGCCAGCAGAUGGACCCAGCUAUGGCUUCAUGCUCAGAUUGCAGAUUGAAGUAUUUGACAUCACUUUUGCUAGGCUAUUUUAGUAAAAUGUGGUCAUUUACCAGAUGCAGACACACACACACACAUAUAUAUUUUAUAUAUACAUAUAAAGUAUUAUUUUGAGCUUCAGUAGAAGUCAAAAAUGGAUCCAGCACUUUCAGGUGGUUGCAGCAUGAAGAGUGGCGUAUACAGUUUUCCAGAUCUUGAAAUGACUGUACAAAUAUGCUGAAAGCAGAAUAUGUGUAUGGAAAAUAAAGUUAACUCUUGUGUUUAUAAA